CAUGUAGACAAGAUAGAUGGCUUACUUUGUAACCCUUUUAGUUUGUAUGAAAAACAUUUGGGCUUAAAAUUGAAACUGUUUUAUAUUUGGUUUGACGGAUUUAAAUAUACAUAAAAAAGCUUGAGGGUUUGAACGAAAUUGCAAAUCAGUGCUUGGUAGUGUUGUUGCUUAACUGAGGGAUUUACAUGAUUUUGACUGGGAUGUUUACAAUUGACAUAUAUGAUAAUUACCUUUGCUUAAAGGUGAAUCAGUUUAGUGAAAUCAUUAAAGAUCAUUCUUUUCUCAAACUCUACUCCUUGUGCAAAACGUUAAUUGAAGGCGUGUAGAAAGAGAUUUGUUUUAUUUUGAUGCGGCAUGGGCUUUCGGGGAACAAAUAGUUUGAAAAUAUGCAGGUGAUAAAUGUCAUAGGACAUAUCAAGGACUAUUUCUUCCUGUCCGCAGACAUCAACCAUCUGUUCUUUGAAGGAUGGCACUUCCAAGGAACUGGAGGUGUGAUUGGCUGCUGUGUGAUGAUAUUCGUCCUCACUAUUCUCCUUGAAGCAGGGAAGGCGGUGAUCUUUUACAUCCAGUUGAGACUCAAACAGAACCCGCUCACGUAUGGACGGACAGGCACCACUUCAAUCCAGGACACCAGGUCAUCUGAGACUUCUUUAUUCUCAAGUCUACAGAUCCCAGCGGAUCUGGGUCAGAUUAAAAAACUUAGGAUUCAGUACCACAUCAGCGCGUACGUGCUUCACACCCUCAACCUACUGCUGGGAUACCUGCUCAUGUUGGCGGUGAUGACCUUUGACGCAUACAUCUUUAUAGCUGUGAUGCUAGGCUCAGGAGUUGGGUACUUCGUAUUUGGUGCUGUGAACGCCCGAAACCGCCUCUUGUUUACCAGACUGCAGACAGAAGUGUAUACUUCCCCUCACAACAGCCAGACAGGACUUACAAACGCUUCUUACACACCGCCCGGAAAUGACGCCAAUAGUAGGAACAGUGGUGACGUCACUGAAAUUAGUUGACACGCGAUCCUACGUGUGCUCAUGUUAAUGCAAUGUGUAUUGUAUUGAUGAGAACUAAUUAAUUCACAGAGGAUGCAACAGAACAUUUUGUGGUGUCAUAGUGAACAACGAAGUGAUUAUUGACUUUGCUUUAUUAAAACAUACAACAAAGUUCAGUGAACAUACAUUAUGUACGUAAUCAUGUCAUCGUUGUCAUCGAAACGAAGAGUAUUCAUGUGCAGUGAAUGUGUAUGCAACAAAGCAACCCAUUGCGGCCACCACAUCAUGAACGGAUGGAUGUAUUUAUGGAGAAAGCAUUGCUUCCACUGAUUCGCUGCUCUGUUUCUUGCCUAUAGUCCGGAUGUUAGGAAACAACUUUAUUUUCAUAAACAUGGUGCCAUUUUUGAACAAUCUGAUAACUGAACAAGGAUAUAAUUGUGUGUCUGUAUUAAGCCACAUGAUGUGUUUUAAAUGACCAUAUUUAUUAAUAUUACAUGUAUGUAAUAAUGACAGACAAAGUAGCAUAUCAACUUGACAUUAGUGAAAGUACACACGUAUAAUGAUUCUGUUACUGUUAUUGUUUUGUUCUAUACUACUUUGUCGUAUAAUGAACAAGUUGUAUUUAGCUAAUUUUAGUUCUGCAAUACUUUAAACAGCAGAGAAUUGCUAUUACAUUUAUUUUGUCUAUGAAUUGCCUUAAAGGGUAAAUGUGAACUUAAAUGGGUUCUAUUAUGUCAAAGCUAGUUUAUGUUUCUAAGAAAUUCGUCUCGAAAUAAUUGUUAACAUAAGUUAAGUGUUAUACCAUUAUUGUAUUAAAGUAUGAUGAUUUAACUAAUUGGCAUUGUUUACUAACUCAUUUUCUAGUAUUAAUAAAGGUAUGCCACCCAUCAUUAGGAUGCAAAGAUGUUUGAGUGCAUUUAGGUAUUAACAUCAGAUUAUUUAUAUGUUUAAAAUUUUAUUAUUUUGCAUGGAUUAUAUUUUGAAUAACACCCUAAAGACAGUACUUUUAUGAUAUGAUGUAUUAAAAUGAUGUUUUAAAGUGUAACUUGUAAUUUUAUUAAUUUGUUUCUUAAAAAACCCCAUAAUGUCUUUAUUGAAAAUGGGGCUUGGUAAAAAUUGAAAAAAAAAUCAAAUUUAAAAUUUUGGAAUUGAAAUCGAAAUUUUACCAAUAGCAAUCGUGAUGCAUGGCCUCUAUUCAUUUGAAAUGUAAUUAAAACAAUGUCUAAUGAUGCCGAAGUUUAAGUAAAUACGCGUUAGUGAACAAAAGUAAUUAUAUGUUCUUGCUUAUUAGUCAGCAACAUAAUUUAUUAGACUCUAUGGGAAACUAUAACUAAUAGUUACACUACAUAUGCUAGUACGGCAUAAAUAUGACAGUUUAUUAUAUGCUUUCUGGUGGUUUAUAGAGAUUUUUCAGUGAAAUAAAAUGAUUUUUCACUUUUUUUGAAAAGUGAAAAUUUUGAGAUUUGCAAAUGUUUUGAAAUUGAAUCCCACAUUGGGUUCCAAUCAAACGUCAGCGCACACAGGGCUGGGACACAAAUUCAACGACGUCAUUUCCGAAUUGACGUUACGUGUGCAUACAAAUUGGCGCGUUUUUCUAAAAAAAGUCUUUUAAUUCCAAUUUUGGGCAUGAAAACAAAAUAGUGAUUGUUUGUUUCACUGUCAAAUAGGAAUAUGUUUUAUCUUGUGAACAUGUCACUCCUGGCUUUGCCACUCGUGAAAUACAAGUUUUUUGCGCUCACUCGGUGAAAUAUAUUUUGAUAUCACACUGAAACAAACAAUUAUCCUCUAUAUUAAAUAUUUAUGUUGGCGUUCUAAUUUGUAAGGUUUGUGAGUUGUUUUGUACUUAAAAACGCCGAAAUAGUGUGUAUCCUGUGUUGUUCUAUUUCAUACUCUUGUUCUAUUAUGUUUUGUUUGAAAAAAAAUGUCUUCCUACUUGUAUACUUUGUGUUUUCUUGUCAAGUUGUGAAUAAUUAUAUUUAUAGCAUUCAAAUGCAAUUGUUAGUCACACAUUUAACUUACAUUUGUUUAAAUGGCAAUAAAUUGUUUCAUC